AAGAACGAUAACUGUAAAAAAGUUAAAUAUAGACAUUGGAAAUUCGAUAGAUAACAUUUCCUAUUUAAAGAACGGAAUGCAGCGGAUGCAACAAUGAUUCACAAAAGCGCAAUAAGGUUCACAUGAUGGAUAUCUACUUACAGCUAUCAACAAUAAAUCAAGCAAUACAUGAUUUGAAACUAACACAAAUGGAAAUAUUGCGUAAAAUUAACAAGAACAGUGGAGACACGGACACUACUCAGGGUAACAGGCAUUUCGAGAAACUUGGAAUUAUUUUAUCGGUGCUGGAAGACAAAUACGGAAAACAUCAUAGGGCAUUAAAAGAAGUCAAGAACAAUGUGAUUACAUUGCUGGAGAAAGUUGGAGAACUAACAACUGACAUUAAAAAACUUCAACGGUAUACGUUUAACACGAAGUCACGUAAUGUUGAAUUAGAGAAAACAACUGGUCAGGAAGACAGUUUACGAAAUACUACUGUAUCAAACCCUAUCGAACAAUGUAAAGCUAUAAAGAAUAACGAAGACAUUGGAGAAAUUUCUGAGGAUGGCGUUUCAGUUGAGUCUAUCGAAUCUACCAAUAGUCAUUUUGAAUGUGGAAUUUCUAGUCAUACUUCGUCUGUGCAAGCUCAACCUGAGUUUGACAACAAAGAGAAUCCUUCAUCCGAGAAGGUACAGACUUGUUAUAAAACUAAUGAUACAUGCGAGAAAGACAACUCUUCGUCAGAAGAAAUAAAAGUAAAAAGUAGAACUUACGAUGCACAAAAUACAGACAAAUUAUCAUCAGAAAAAACAGAAUUGCAGGGAACACGAAUAGAUGAGAAUAUAAUCGAUUCAGAUAACAAAGACAACAGAAAUGUUUCACUGGGUACAGACUUGUCAGAUCAGCGUUUACACAGCGAUGACUAUAUUCAAGCUAAUAUCCCAAAUCAACAAUUUGUUGACAAGACGCCAGACAAGAUAGACUGGACUGACACUGAAAGAAGACAAAUAACUGAGUCCGAAAUUAAAAGGUCACCUAGGAAAGUGAAAACCGUAUGCAGAAAUGAUUUUGGAUAUAAAAAGAAACGGUCAAAAAUGAAAUCUGAUAACCGUGUUGCUUAUCAUAAUAAUGAUACAUGUUUUCAAGGCAAUAACAUCAAGUCGGACGUACAGAUUCCAUCAGAACCAAUUCCAUCUUUCAAUAUCAAAGUUGAAAAUUCUUUAGAAGAGAGGAAGUCAGAUAUGAGAGAGGUAUCACCAAUGAGUAAAAUGCACCAGUUUGUUGAAGAUCAAGUAUAUGGAAUAAAUCCAGAUAACAUAAGCAAACCGAGAAAUAUAAGAGAGUGGUUGGCAUACUCUGAGCAACUAAGAAUAAAUUCUUUAGUUAAGCUUCAGUCUGGCACAAUACAACGUGGAAGUCACGGACAUGAUAUAACAUUGGUAUUAGAUUGUUCUGGACGAAUGCGAGGCAAAAAAUUUACUAUAAUGAUCGAAGCAGCAAAAGAGUAUGUUAAUGGCAUCAAACAAGUUAGAAGGACAAGAUUGUUAGAGGAUAACAUUGGCUUGGCUGUUUUCGGUGGGACAUCUGGAUUACUUGUCGAAUCAACAUCUAAUUAUGACCUAGUCUUAGAGCAAAUUAGUCAGCUGCGACCUGAGGGAGAAGCACCAUUAGUUGGAGGAUUACUGAUGGGACUUGCUGGUGUACUUGGAGCUGGAGCUACAUCACAAAUAUUGGAAACUGAAGUUCCUGGAUAUAUGAUAAUCUUUACUGAUGAAAUGUCUGGAAAAACGUCUACAGACAAGGAGAAAGAAUCUGGCAUUGAUCCAUCAUAUCUAACAGGAAAUUUUCAUAAACAAGCAGAAAUGAGUGGUAUAAUAUUACAGAUAGCAAGCCAUUCGAUCAAAAUAUUUUAUGUACCAAUUGGAGAGAAUACACAAAACGAAGUAAUGGAAACGGCAGUACGCGAGACUAAAGGUAAAAUAAUCCAUUUGUACGAACUCCAUCGACUAGUCAAAUUGACACAAGUACUGAUAUUAGCAGCACAAGUAGCGUCUGAUUUAAGACACACCAAUCCUCACCCAACUGCUGAAGAUGUCCGAUUAAGCAUAUACCAAAAAACAUCAAAUCCAGACGAUGCACAUGAUGACUGUGUUGAUCUAGUUUUGGAGUUCGUUAAACCAAUGUCUACUGAAAGAAACCGUGGUUUAUAUAAUGAACUAGUGUGCCGAACGCUACAACUUGGUGACCGAGUACGACGUGGUCCUGAUUGGAGGUUUCAAGAUCAGGAUUCUGGUCUUGAUGGAACAGUUGUUGGACAAGAACCUGGCAGUAAAGCAGUUUGGGUUGAAUGGGAUAGUGGUCAUUUAAACGUAUAUAUCUACGACGAACUAAACAAUAUUUAUAGUAUUAAAAAAGUGCAUGAAUCGAGAGUGUUAUUUGAUGAAAUGGUUGCCGUUGGAUGCAAAGUGACACGAGGCAAUGAUUGGACAUAUGACAAUGCCGAUGGUGGACCUGGGACAAUUGGGACAGUGCUUAAAGUAAAACAGGAUGGAUCUGUUGUUGUCCGCUGGAAAUUUAAGAAUAUUGGCGAAUACAAAAUGGGAAUGAAUGGAUUAUUCGAAAUUCAAAUAUGUAACGAUUCAUCGACUAGUCAACCCUCGUAUAGUGCAGAUAUAACCAACAACAAAUACCAAAGUGCUGAUUUUUCCUUUGAGCAUUCUGAUGCUGAUCAUCUGAAGAGAACAAGUGCAGCUAAUACCGAGCAGAGCAAUGAACAAGGAGAAGGACGUUACGAUGACUAUUUCCUGGAUGUUAAUAAUGAAAGUGGUAGGGUUAAAAAUCACAAAUGUAUUUAA